AUGCAUUCCUUAGCAGAUUCUCUACAUCUUUGGGGGAUUACAAUCAUUCAGUACAUUCAAUUGAUUUUCAAGGAUUACAGCGGAAUUAUGCUGUUUCUGUCAUACAUUGGUGAUCCAAAAUUUGCUUUCACGUUCUACUUUCCUGUCACAUAUUUUCUGCACAAAUCCGUUGGCAAAAGAGUCCUGUGGGUGACAGUUAUAUCUGAGUGGUUGAAUGCUGUUGCAAAAUGGUUGUUACAUGGAGAAAGGCCAUACUGGUGGGUGCAUGAAUCAGGAGUUGAUAGCAGUGAGAGUCUUCUGCAGGUGCAGCAGUAUGAAAUCACUUGUGAAACUGGGCCUGGUAGUCCUUCGGGACAUGCUAUGAUCACCGGAGCUGUGUGGUACAUCAUGAUAUCAGAUUUCCUCUACUACAAGAAAGUGACAAGCUUGUCCACAAAGGUGCUCUGCUGGUCCUGUUACUUCCUAGUCAUGUCUGCAAUUGCUGUGUCUCGACUUUUCAUUGCCACCCACUUCCCUCAUCAGGUGGUGGCAGGGAUACUCUCAGGAAUUGUGCUCGGGAAAAUAUUCAACUCCUUGUCCACGACUUCUUUAAAGUUUUCUCACCAUGCUGCUGUGUGCAUUGGCUUGACCGUCCUCACAGCUGUGACUUACCUGUUGGUCAGGUACCUGGGAAGUGACCCCAUGUGGUCAGUCGCCAAGGCUGUCAAGUGGUGUGCUCGCAGGGAGUGGGUUCAUCUGGACACCAGCGUGUUUUAUUCCUUAAUACGGGAUGUAUCCAGUUUGUUGGGUUUAGGCAUUGCAGUUUGGCUACUUCCAGAACAUGAGAAGAACUCUUUCAGCUUGAUCGUGCGAUGUCUUCAUAUAGCAUCCGCCCUGGCUGUAACAUCCUUGUCAGAAAAUCUGAAACCUGGUCGAGAAAAUCUCCACUUGUUUUAUUUUUUAGGUUUUGUUAAGCAUGUUGUAACCGUCUGUCUUGUAGUUGUUGUUGUACCGAUGAUGUCUAAUAUAGUUACCAGAGUAUAG